AUUAAGUGAUGUCAGAGCUCACCUGUUGAAGGGGGUUGGCGGGUAGUUCCCGCCCUCGAUGCGGAUGUCCGGGUACAGCUGGCUGAUGGCUCUGGAGUACUCCUGGAACACUCUGCUGUAACCUCAGGAGAUACUGAAACACAAAGGAGGAGCCAUCACACAAGUAAAAAUAUUAAAGUUAUAAAUCAGUUUUAAUCUGUUCGUUUCUUUUACAUAAUUUUAUUUUAAAACCUUUUGAUUCGUUUAUUUUUAAUCUGGAGCGUCUGUUUCCUCACUGAAAAUACGGAGUUUGAUUUUUCACAAUGACAGGAGAAGUUUAAAGAAUCAUCACAUUUUCUGGAUCUCUAUUUAAUAAGAGCAACAAUAACAGAAAUUUGAAAGAACACCAGUGAUUCUCAAAUCAGUAAAACUGUAAACAACAACAACAAUAAUAAUACAUAUCACUCAGACUUUGGAUUAAGAGCAGGAUUAUAUCAGAAAUUUUAAAAAAAUUUGUUUCAAAACAUAAAUCUGAUUUAAUAAGACUGGGAAUUAUUAUUGAGAUUGUUUAUUUGAUCAAAUAUACAUACAGAACAAUUUUAGACGAGAAAUUCCCUUUUGUUUUGGAGAUUGAAGAGGAGUAGGUUGAAGUUAUUUAUCUUAUAUGUGCCGCCCCUCAUUCCUUCCUAUUCUUUUACACUUUACAUGUCUUUAGAAUUUCUGAUGUUACCAAAAAGUAACUAAAGCUCGAAAGUCUAACAUGAAUGUAAUUAAUCAUUAACACUGAAACAAACACCUUAUAUGUACGUCCACGUAUAUACACACAAAUAUACACUUAAUAUACCUUAAAUACUUUCAAUCUCUCAAGUGUAUCAUUCCCAUUUAAAAUAUAAUAAGUGUGGCAAAACAAAAAUCGCUUUUUAAAGUAUUUUUCAAUCAAACUGCUUUAAUUUACUUUUAAACUGUGCUUUGGUUUUACUUUGUUUAAGUUCAAGACAUAAAAAUAACAACAUUACAACAUUAGUAGAAAAAGUACUGAGUAAACAAUACUACAGAGACUUGUUAAAACCUAUUUCAAGUGUUCUGCAUUCACACUAAAGAACAAAAAGAGAAAAUCAUCUUAUUAAAUCAUAACUAUUGAGGGUUUCGCAGGUAAAAGGAGCUCAGAUCACGUGGUCACUUGGUCACGUGACGCUAGCCGUUAGCCUCAGAGCUAACUCACCAGUACUGGAACCGGAGCACAGGCCCGGUAAACAGGGAGGGUUUGGCGGGUUUCCCGGGCUCCGUGUCAGGUAGAGUGUCCGGGGAGAAGCCGGGGAAGUCGGCCUGCUGGUGUCCGCGCUGCGGGCUCGUUCUGCCGAGAUAAACGUCCCGGACCGUGAGCGCCGUGAAGAGGAGCAGAGCCGCCAGGAGGCCCGCCUGGCUGUACUCCGCCAUGUUUGUUCUGACUGAGCGGGAGGGGGACCGAUCUUAUCGGUAACGCGAUUAUCCACUACACUACAUCCGGCUGUACCCGUCACAAUAAAAUGAAGCUGUCAGCAUUAGAGUGAGAAUUUCAUCAAAAUACAUUUUAAAUUUAUUCUAAUUUAAAAAAUUAAACAUAAAUUAGGCCGCAGAGGUAAAAAUAACAAUGGUUUAAGGAAUUGAAAAGCCAGUUAAACGCUCUUGUAUCUCAAAGUUGACCAGAAGAUGACAAAGACAGCUGAUAAUGUCUCUGUUUACUUGAAUGAAUAUAAUUUUUACCCUGAAUAAAACUAUACGUAUCAUGAAAGACUUGAGUCCAGAUUAUUCAUUUGAUAACAAAAAGCAAUAUUUUUUUAAAGUGAAUGAUUCAUUUUCUUCUUUCCAUGUCUUUUAUUUUGACAGUAAAGUCGGCUGUUUUCCGGUAUUGAGUGUCACCUGAUUCUUCUUGCUCUUUUGAAUAUUAUCAAUCUACCAGCUGUUCAAUCGCAUUAAGUCAUACUGUUACUUUUUUAAUCAAUAAAAGUCUUUUUUUAUUUUAAGGAUUAUUUGACUUUAUUUUUAUUUUCGGAAACUCUUCAGACACGUCAUAUUUUCACGACGCACCGCAUAAACAAUGUGUCGUCAUAGUUGUGCGACUCCUCUCUGCCUGAGGCUGCACGAGAGACGAGACAAAGGUGAAGGAAUUCAAAGAUCGGCUCAAUAAUCUUAUUAACCGAUAUGCGGAUUAAGCUCCCCUUAAACAAUCCGGUACAGGUCACGUGACUCCUCACAGGUCCAAUCAGCGCUUGUCUCAGUUGUGGAGGUUCGAGAUUAAAGCUACCCUCAGUGAUUUUUUCUUUAUUUUAAACAUGUCCUCUGAGUUAUUGUGGAGGUGUGUGUCUCUGUUUGUUUCACCUUCAUGUGCUUCCUGUUACAGAACGGGUUACCAUGGUGAUUGUGGGGGGCCUUAUAAGGUCCACUGUCCUGAAGCCCCGCCCUCUCCUACGGGCCUGCUUUCUGAAGGCCCGCCCCCUGCAGCUCUCUGGAAAAGGACUGUAUAAUACUCUCAACGACCCACAGUUGCCUCCACCUUCUGGACUCCCCUCAUUGUGGUCCCAUAGGUCACUCCUCAGGAACCCGUCAGGGUCAGGGGUCAGGAGGUUCUCAGGUGCGGCGGGCGAAAGUCAAAGUUCGGCAGGUUGGUACAGCGCCCUGUCAGACUCGGCUCCGGUUCACCUGUGCGAACACUUCCUGGUGAGCGUGCAAGAGGGGAGCGGGCUGCCCUGGUGGUUGAGCAUCACCGUGGCAACGCUGUCAGUCAGAUCACUCAUCACUCUACCGUUCGCCGCCUACCAGCUGGUCAUCAUCGGCAAGGUAACCAACAGUAACCUCUCAGACGGGCUCAGUUAUUAGUUAUUGAUUAUUUGAUAAUAUAUGAUAUCUCUGUGUUCUCUUAUGUCUGUGUCGUCAACAUUUGAACAUUUUUGAGCGGUCCGCUCUUUCUGACUGUAAACAAAGCCGUUCUCCACCUCCUCUAACCUGAUUGGUUGUGAGGCAGACGCUGCUCCCCCGUGUCGUUCAGGAGCCCAAACAAAGUUAGCGUGCUACAAUAUCGGACAGUAGAAACCAACCAGAAAGUUCGGAAAAUUGUCUGAAUCCUCCUUUGGCCACGACUGCCGACACAAGCAAGAAAACAAAGUAAAUACCGGAGACUCUGGAGGAAUAACGGGCGCUUAAAACGGAGGUAGACCGGACAAGAGCUAAAAAGCCGGGUCAACAUAAACCAUGGGGGACGCUUGGGGAUCUUGGUGACCCUGUAACCUUUCUGCUGGACAGGUAAACCGCUUUAACAAAGUAAGACAAGUGUCUGUAACAGAAGUGUUUCUUGUCAAACGGACCUGCUGUAGCGUGUUGUAGCGCCAUCGCUAAACUGUCCUCCCUCGGGUCCUGGACUAUGUCACUUUAUCCUCGUUGUAGAAGUCCUGCAAACAUUGUGUUUGCUGGUAGUCUGUUGGCAUCUACAGUAGCACCAAUGCUUUUGACUUUCACCUUGACUGGGCCCCAUUUGUAAUGAUCUGAAGGAUUUAUCUGCAUUAUAUCUGAAUUUAAUUGGAACGAUACGAGCGAGCAGGAGCGUCUGUUUGUGGGCGGGGCUUGAGGGGAGAGGAGGAGCUGAGGGGAAAACUGGUUGGGAGGGGUAGAGUUUACAUUCAAGAUUUCUCCUAAAAACUGGAACUAACUCAGAUCCUGACUACACCACCUUUAAUUCAGUGAGAACGUGAUUAAACGUCAGCUCCAGCAGGGGGCAGCACAGUUCCACAACAACCCGUCCUCACUGAAGAUCUUCUUAGUUCUUCUUGGAUCGGUGCUCCUCACUCUGAGUCCCACCAGGACUGCAGCUGAAAAAUUCACAUUUGAACAAACCCUCAGAGCAAAGAGUCUGUUAGAGACGAUCAUCUGGAGUUGUUUCAGUCUGAUCUGUCGUUGAUGGACCGUCUUCGUCUGUGCGUUCACUCUCCUGUCCGUCUGCUCCUCCUUUAUUUUGUCGGUGUUAAUCUGGAUUAUAUUUAAUCUGAUAACAAAAUUUCCUCUGAGGUCCUGUCUGAGUGAGGACAGUAAGAUACCCGGACUGGGUUUGACUGAAGCUGUGAUCUUAAGUCUGCUGUGCUCUGAUUCUCGGUAACCAUGGUAACCUCCAGGUGUGUUUCCAGGUUGAGGCGCUGCAGGCGGAAAUCUCCGAACUCGCCAAAAGACUCCGAUACGAAGUUUCAAUCCGAGCGAGAGAGAGAGGCUGGACGGAGAAACAGUGCAGGUGAACACACACCGAGAAACACAACACAAACACACACAGAGAGACACACAAACAGACACACAAACAACACACAGACACACAACACACACAUACAGAGAGAGAGAGGCUGGACGGAGAAACAGAGCAGGUGAACACACACACACUGGGAAACACACACAGUGACAAACACAAUCAUACACAACACACACAACAAAAAACACACGUACACAACACGGAUAAACAAAGAGAAACACAACAACAAAAUACACACACACAGACACAAACAAAAACACAACACAACAUAGACAAACAACACAGACACACAACACAAAGAACACAACACAACAUAGACAAACACAACACACAACACAGACACAAACAAAAACACAACACAACAUAGACAAACAACACAGACACACAACACACACGACACAAAGAACACAACACACAGACACACAACACACACAUACAGAGAGAGAGAGGCUGGACGGAGAAACAGUGCAGGUGAACACACACCGAGAAACACAACACAAACACACACACACACACAGAGACACACAAACAACACACAGACACACAACACACACAUACAGAGAGAGAGAGGCUGGACGGAGAAACAGAGCAGGUGAACACACACACACUGGGAAACACACACAGUGACAAACACAAACAUACACAACACACACAACAAAAAACACACGUACACAACACGGAUAAACAAAGAGAAACACAACAACAAAAUACACACACACAAACAAAAACACAACACAACAUAGACAAACACAACACACAACACAGACACACAAGACAGACACAGACACACACAACGCAGACACACACACACACAACACAACAGACACAUAACACACAUACAAACCCAAAAUACACAACCACAAAACACACUGAACAAAGACAAAAACACACAAGACACACACACAACACAGACAAACACACAAAACUGGGACAAAGACACACACACACACACAACACAGAUAAUCACAAACACACAAAACAAGGAUGAAAACACACACAACACAACAUAGACAAACACACACACACACACACACACACAGCUGGGUCAAACAUGCCCCCCCCUCAUCUUUCCUCCAAAUAGUUCCAGUCCCAGUCUACAUGUGGUUCCAUUUAAACCCAGGUCUCGGGUCUGUGAGUUCCUGUUGUAGACCUGGGUCUGUGAGUUCCUGUUGUAGACCCGGGUCUGUGAGUUCCUGUUGUAGACCCCCUGUCGUGUUUCCGGGUCCAGGUUCCAGUUCCAGAAGAACCUCCGUCGGCUGGUCUCUCAGCUCUACAUCCGGGACAACUGUCACCCCUUCAAGGCCAGUCUGCUGGUCUGGGUCCAGCUCCCCCUGUGGAUCAGUCUGUCCCUGGCCCUCCGGAACCUGAGUCUGGAUCAGUCCGGUAAGCCAGCACACAGUCAAAACCCUGGCUCUUUGUAAACCCGGUUACCCAAAAACUGGACCAGGUUUGAGUCUUUCUAACCGGACUCUGGUCUCUGCAGCGCUGCACUCCGGUCUAGCAGCAGGGGGCGCUCUGUGGUUCCCCGACCUCACCACACCGGACUCCACCUGGAUCCUCCCGGUCUCUCUGGGACUCAUAAACCUGCUGAUCGUAGAGGUCAGUCGCCAUGGUUACCUGAUGAUGUCACCUGAGCUGAUGAUGUCACCUAACCCCGCCUCCUUUUCGUCUUUUCAGAUGUUUUCCCUCCAGAGGAUCAACCCGAGUCGAUUCCAGAAAAUCAUGACGAAUUUUAUACGAGCGAUUUCCGUCCUGAUGAUCCCCAUCGCUGCAACAGUACCCUCAGUGAGUGAAACAGUCGGUAAAACUAGUCAGAAAACACGCUCGACAAAACAAUUCGUACUUUCAGUCAGCAAAUACUGUCAUUAAAAACAGUCAGAAAACAGCCAGAAUACCCCGUCGACAAAACAGUCAGUAAAAACAGCCUGGAAACACCGUCAACAAAACUGUCAGUAAAAACAGUCAGAAAACACCGUCAACAAAACAGUCAGUAAAAACAGUCAGAAAACACCGUCAACAAAACAGUCGGUAAAAACAGCCUGGAAACACUGUCAACAAAACAGUCAGUAAAAACAGCCUGGAAACACUGUCAACAAAACAGUCGGUAAAAACAGUCAGAAAACACCGUCGACAAAACAGUCGGUAAAAACAGCCUAAGAACACAGACGACAAAACAGUCAGUAAAAACAGUCAGAAAACACCAUCGACAAAACAGUCGGUAAAAACAGUCAGAAAACACCGUCGACAAAACAGUCGGUAAAAACAGCCUAAGAACACAGACGACAAAACAGUCAGUAAAAACAGUCAGAAAACACCGUCGACAAAACAGUCGGUAAAAACAGUCAGAAAACCCCGUCGACAAAACAGUCGGUAAAAACAGCCCAAGAACACAGACGACAAAACAGUCAGUAAAAACAGUCAGAAAACACCGUCGACAAAACAGUCAGUAAAAACAGUCAGAAAACACUGUCGACAAAACAGUCGGUAAAAACAGCCUAAGAACACAGACGACAAAACAGUCCGAAAAAACAGUCCGAAAACACCGUCGACAACAGUCGGUAAAAACAGCCUAAGAACACAGUCGACAAAACAGUCAGAAAAAACAGUCACAAAUAACACCGUCGACAAAACAGUCGGUAAAAACAGUUGUCAUGUUAACCCUAAUACAUCGAGGAUCUGUAAAUAAAGCCAAUUUAAACAGUCAGUAAAAACAGGCUGAUAGGUGAGUCAGUAAAUACAGUCAGUAAAAACAGUUAUCAUGAACAAUUUCUUGAAGCAAUCAGUAAAUACAGUCGGUAAAUAAGGUCGACAGAUUCAAACGAUUGAUAAAGUACCAGAGACAUGAAAUACAGUCAGUAAAUAAACAGUCAACAAAUAAAGUCAGAAUGUACAAAAAGCAAAAACAGAAAGUUAAAUCAGCCGGUAAAUGCAGUCAGAAAAACAAAUCAGUGUCACUGUCAACAAAUCAAGUCGGUAAAUACAGUUAGAAAAUACAGUCAGUCAACAGUAACAGUCAGUGAUGUGUUUCAGUGAAGGCAGCCUGUAAAUAAAUGUGAUAAAUACGACCUUAGACACAACGAAUACAAACACAACAGUUAAAAUAAACAGUCAGUAAAUACAGUCAGUUAAUAUACAGUCAGAAAAUACAGUCUGUAGUAACCAAAGGGUUAACAUGCAGUGACCUGGUUUGGGACUCUGCAGGAUCAGAUUUAGAUCUGGUUUUAGUUUAGAGGGUCCAGGUUUAGACCCUGUUCCAGUCUUGAGGGUCCAGGUUUAGACCCAGUUCUGGUCUGGAUGGUUCAGGUUCAGGUUCAGAUUUCUGUCCCUCAGGUGAGUUUUUUUACCUUAAACAUGUUCAGGUGUGUCUGACAUUCCUGAACUCCUUCAUCAGAUUUAAACACAUUCAGACACGUUUAUCAGCCAAAGGGCUCCUUUAGAGGACACACCUGAACCUGGAUCACACCUGAACCUGGAUCACACCUGAACCUGGAUCACACCUGGAACUGGAUCACACCUGAACCAUGAUCACACCUGGACCUGGAUCACACCUGACCUGGAUCGCACCUGGACCUGGAUCACACCUGGACCUGGAUCACACCUGAACUAGGGCCAGUUCAAGGACCAAGACUGGAGGCUCAGAUGAUCGGGUCUUUAGUGGUCCAGGUUCUAUAACACCUGAAUAUUAUAAUUAGUUUGAAACGGUCAGAUCAACCCCCCCCCCCCCCCCCCAUCCUUGGAGGCGGAGCCUAAAUCCUACAGGUGUCAAUGAGAGUAACCUCCAUAUUUCCACCUUCCUCCUGAUCGUCUCCUAAAAGGUCGUAUCCUCCGAUCGUAGCUGAUCGUAACCAUUCAAGUUAACGUGUCGAUUUACACCGACUUCUUUUCAAAAUAAAACAUCCGGCUUCUUUUCAAAAUAAAACACUCCGUGUUUUAGGAGGAUCGUAUUUCACACCAUGCAAACGGGCGGAGACGAACAAGUGAAAGGUUUUUAGACGUCAUUUUAACCCGAUGACACCAUGGAUGAGGAGAUGCUGAUUCUAGAAGUCUAGAAGUAGAUUUCCUCCUCUGGAAGGACACAAUCUACUGCUUAUAUGUCUAUGUGUCUGUCUUUAUAGAGACAACUCGUUAUCGCAUGAUUGAACGUGAAUCUGCGGGUUCUUGUGGGUUCUUGCGAUUACCGCUGUCUGUAAUCUGCCACGAAAUUCGCCUCACAAACGGAUUCGGUAGGAACUGGCGGAUGGCAAAACUCGCCGCCGUUCCGGAUCGUAAGCUGUUCUGGAUGCGGUGAAAAUCCCGGGUGACUGAUGACUGGAUGACCAAAAACGUUCUUUUUUUUAUGACAGACCAAAAACUGCAUUCUUGAAUAUUUCAUUAGAUCAACUCCUAAAAUAUGAAUUUAAUGUGUUUUUCCUUUUCUCUGAGUCUCUGACCCCAGUUUAACUCCUCCCCUUUUUUGCCCUCCCCAGUCCAUGGCGCUGUACUGGUUCGUCUCCAGUCUGGUCGGCUUCAGUCACAACCUCCUCCUCCGAUCUCCGACGGUCCACAAAGUCCUCAGACUGAAAACUCAAAGAUCAGAAACUCCGUACAGAGACCUGCUGUCUGCCUUCAUCAACAAGUACUGGAAAUAAACACUGCAGCAAAUACUGCAAGUACUGUGACGACUACAACAAAUACUGCAAGUACUGUGACGACUACAACAAAUACUGCAAGCAGAGAGUACAACAGAGUAUAAAAAACAAGUAUCUCUGAGUCUGUUUGAACAUGAAAUCAUAAUGUUGGAUGUAAUUAAAGUGUGUUCCUGCUGUAAAUACACAAACAAAACAAACGGUGUGUGUGUGUGCAUGUGUGUGAGUGUGUGUUAUUUCCUGCUCUGUGUGAAUACAGCUAAAAUAAAAACAGGAAGAAUAAACGUGACCUCUGCCUGGAA